GGACCACCACAAAACCCUUUAUUUUUUUUUCCUUUUACCCUAUAUAAGUGCACUCAUCACCCUCCUUUUUCAUGCAAUUUAAUCAUAACCUCAUGUUGCAACUGGAUUGCACAUCCAAAGCCUCUCAAAAAGUGAUCCACAAAGCAUAAAGAGAGAGCACACACAAAUGCCCUAUAAAGUACACUACAUGUUUGAAAAAGAGAAAAGAGGAAACAAGGCAAGCCCCAACAGCUUCACCAUUCAUGAAGAGAAGAUGAAGUUGGAAGCUGAAGCCAUUGGAGUAUCCAAAAGAAGACUAAUGGGCAAAGGCAUGGGUGCCCUUCUCAAAGAAGGUAGAGGAAGGUUUUAUAUACUUAGAAGAUGUAUCAUUAUGCUUCUAUGCUCCCAUGAUUAGUUAGUGUUUAUAACUUUUGUUCAUAAUAUUAUAGUACUUUUACUAUAAAUUUUGUAUAUCAUUCUCUACUUAAGAGAGAAGAGAAAGAAAGUUAU